AUGUUCUUUGUAUACUUGUGGUACCCUAAGACAAAGGGAACUACGUAUGUUUAUGGAACUUUCUUUAAACCAUAUAUUUCUCAGCAUGAGAAUGAAAUCGACCAGAAUCUCCUUGAGCUGAGAGCUCGAGCCACCGACACGGUUGUCCUUUAUUUUUAGAAGGCUGCUUCGGCAGGACAAAGUACUUUCUUUGACGUCUUAAAAUAUGUUGUUGCCCAGUCACCUUCUCAAAAAUCAAGGCAACGCCUUCAUCAGCCGCCACAACAACAGCAACCACAAGUGCAGGUGCAGCAGGCGCAACCACAAAACCAAGCAGCACCUGUUAUGCGCAGAGCAUCAUCUAUUGCUGCUCGGCAAGCAGCAAUGGCACAACAAUCUCAGGAGACUAAACCCGUUCAAUCUUCACCCAAGAUCAAGCGUCAAACAUCAGCGAGAUCUGGUUCAGUGGCAUCCACAAAGCCUCCGAUAGCUGCAUCCGCACCAAAACCUGGUGGUAGCCCAAAGAAAGGCGAGGUCAAACCUGCUGCUGACCCAGUUCAAACUCCAACCACAGGUGCUGAUUCACCGAAACCCGAGCCUAGCGCUCGAUCACUCCCUGGAGUCGAAGGGGUGGACAAGAUGGCCAUCGAUGAGGCCAGUGGUGACGCCCCAGAGGGCGCAGAAGAGCUUGACCCUGCGCUCGAAGAAGAGACACCGAUUGAGGAGAUGAUCCGUGUGACGCGCGCCAAGCUAAGGAGGCGCACGACCACCGAAGUUCCUGUUGGGAAUUAGCUGCAGGCCAUUGUUUUUCCUUUCCCUGCACAUUGUGUUGAUCUUUUUAUUUUUUUGGGGUUUUAGGCUGUCAUGUUGUUUGGUGGAAUGGAGAUGUGCUCUUGAAUUGGUUCUUUGUGACACAGUUGAUUAUCUUGUUUCUGUGCUUUCUUAGUGCCCUUUUCUUGUGAUUUAAGUUGUAAGUAACACUUUCCCUACGCAU